GUGCACAUGCAUGGUUAUAAACAAUCCUUCCUCUGUUAUAUCAUUACACACACUCUCUCUCUCUCUAAAGAACAACACAGAAGAAGUAGAAGAAAGGGGAAGGAGAAAGAGAAGCAGCCAACAAGCAAAAAGAGAGAGCAAUUCCACGGCAAGAAUUCACAUGGAAGUUGGCCUGAAAAUGACCAACAUGCUCGGAGAAGAGCGUGGAGGCUAUAGCUGGAACCUCAAGGAGACUGAACUAUGCCUUGGACUGCCCGGCGGUGGAGGCGAUGCCGAAACGAUGAAGAUCACCGGAAAGAGAGGAUUCUCUGAGACUGUUGAUCUGAAACUCAACCUUCAAUCCGGUGAAUCAAAAAUGGAUCUGAAGGAGAAGAUGAAGAAUUCGUCAAAGGACAAAAAUAUCCUUCCUUGCAACAAAGAUCCAGUGAAGCCACCUGCCAAGGCACAGGUGGUGGGUUGGCCACCAGUUCGAUCGUUUCGGAAGAACAUGAUGACUCAAAAGAGCAACACAGAGGAGACUGAGAAGACCUGCAAUGGCAGCGCCGCUGCAUUUGUGAAGGUUUGCAUGGAUGGAGCUCCUUAUCUUCGUAAGGUGGACUUGAAAAUUUACAAGAGCUACCAAGAACUCUCUGAUGCCCUGGCCAAGAUGUUUAGUUCCUUCACCAUGGGUAACUAUGGGGCCCAAGGCAUGAUUGAUUUUAUGAAUGAGAGAAAGUUGAUGGAUCUGUUGAACAGUUCAGAGUAUGUGCCCACCUAUGAAGAUAAGGAUGGUGAUUGGAUGCUCGUGGGCGACGUUCCAUGGGAGAUGUUUGUUGAUUCAUGCAAGCGCCUGCGUAUAAUGAAAGGAUCUGAAGCAAUUGGACUUGCACCAAGAGCCAUGGAGAAAUGCAAGAGCAGGUGCUGAAACAUACCCACAAUGACAUACUCAUCCAAGUUCAGCAUUCAAAGAAACAAAAAGAUGAAGCACUACUGCAAGAUGGAUCAAGUACAAGGGUGUUGUGUCUGCAUGUGCCUGUAAUUUUAUUUGAUAGUAUAUAGCUAUCAAAGAUCUGGACAUUUGUAAUGGACAAGAAGCAAUAAACUUGUACCCUAUUGUCUGGCUUGUUUAUUACUAAUGGCUUGCUCAAUAAUCUUUUUAAUUUUUUGUGAUUGUUAUUGUUGUCCUUGCUGUCUAAGUUGCUGUGUGUUUUUAUUCCUUCAAUUCUAAGGCUACUUUCUGUUGGCUCAUCAGAUUCUUCAUAUCUUGUAUUUACUUUGUUUAACC